AUGAUCGAAGUAGAAAGAAGCACAUUACAAGCAAAAGAAUCGGAACAAUUUAAAGGAGAACGGAAGUUAAAAAUGAAGAAAUUUAUUGCAAUUGGAUUAGGACUUACGGGAUUAGCCUAUUUGAGCUAUCAAUUGUACAAUUUGUGGAAGCAAUCGGAAGAACAAGAUGAAAUGGAUGAAUUUAUCAAAAUCAUCAAAGAUUGGAAAGUGAAUCAAAAACUAUUCAACAAGCGGAAAAACUUUCCAAGCAACGGUUUCGAAUUGGAUCUAUGGCAGCCAUUAGCUGAAGAAGAUGAAGAAAUUGAAGAGGAAUUGGAAGUGGAAGUAGAAGAGGAAAACAACAUGAUGAACUUCGAUGAGGAAGUGAAUUAUCAUCUUUACCGGAAUCGUCGGUACUAUCCAACCUUGAAUUUCAAUCGGGAAUUAGAACUUAUUGAAGAAGAUGACUAUUGGGAUGACUUGGAUGUUGAUUUUGAAGAAUUUUUCUAA